UUACAUUCGUUUGCACGAAACUUUGAAUGAAAGUGGAAAUCAGCUGUUCGUGCUUUAAAAUUGAAUUGGUGUUUACGUGGAUUUUUUUUUCGCUGUCAAAUUAAAGCAGACCCCAACACAAAAUGAUUGAGGUAACAGAUCUGCAAAAAAUUGGCAUCGGCUUGGCUGGUUUUGGCAUCUCGUUUCUGUUCCUUGGUAUGCUGCUGCUGUUCGACAAAGGCUUGCUCGCCAUAGGCAAUAUUCUAUUCAUAUCGGGACUGGGUUGUGUCAUUGGUGUGGAGCGCACCCUGCGCUUUUUCUUCCAAAGGCACAAAGUCAAAGGAACGACUGCCUUCUUCGGGGGAAUCGUCAUCGUCCUACUGGGCUUCCCCAUCAUUGGCAUGAUUAUUGAAUCCUAUGGAUUUUUCGCCCUGUUCAGCGGCUUCUUCCCCGUGGCCAUUAAUUUCCUGGGACGUGUGCCGGUAUUGGGAUCGCUGUUAAAUUUACCAUUUUUGCAAAAGAUUGUUCAAAAACUCGGAGGAGACGGAAACCGAACUACAGUAUAAUUAUAUCUGUACAUUUUACCAUAAUUAUGCGAAACUUUUGUAUAAAGUAAAUAAAUCAAUUGAAGUUCUUGUAAACCCCAUUUAGAUCCAUGUAAAAAUCUGCCUUUAUAAACAAAAUAUUUGUAGUUUACCAAACCGAAAA